AUGGUGCGCUAUUCGUAUGGUUUUCUUUUGUCCCUCUUGGGGGCGCUUAUCACUUUAGUUGGACAUGACCACGGGGGGUUCUUCUUCCCGUUUGCGAAGUGCAACAUUCGUGUACUCAACAAGGGAAAGGGGGGGCACAAGACGAGUGGCAAGCACAUGCAGCACCACCCAGGGGUGAGCAACCCGACGGAGGUGGGAAAAUUCAGCGCAGUUGAGAAGGGGGACACGCAGAGCGAGAGCAACGUGGAAGACGAAAUGGGGGACGAAGUGGUAGAUCAAGUGGUAGACGAAGUGGUAGACCAAAUGGGAGACAAACUGGAAGACGAACUGGGAGACGAUGUGGAAGACGAAGUGGAAGACGAAGUGGAAGACGAAGUGGAGGGCCGAUACGAAGGAGAAAUGUCGAGAAGCAGCUCCCGAGGGGUAGGACUUCUCAGUGAUGUUUCACCACACAAGGUGGGACAACCAUUUGAGGAUGACAUGGACGAAGAGAACAACCCACGUGAGCCCACCUCAAAUCAGUACAACUUUUUCGAAGCGACAAAUGAUAGAGCGAUAAAGAAGGUGGAAUCUUUGUCCCAGCCAGACCAGCAGAACCUACUCCAGCAAAAUUUAACGUGGGUUCAGAUGCCCAACAUAGACAUUUCCUGCAGAGUAACGGGGUGUCCCAAAACGUAUCAGAUGUGCCUCCCCUUCUUUUAUGAUAGCACAAAAUUUGGUGGAAGUAGGAUCAUUGAUAUGAUCCCAUCUUUCAUUACGUCAAAAACAAAUGGGAUCAGAUUCGAUAGCGAAAAUAUUAUCGAGGAUAAGAGAAAUUACAUCCUCGUUUAUUCUUGCGUUUGCAAAAAGCACACUUCGGAUGGUUCCUGUGACGAAUCGGUGGAGUAA